GUUCCAAUAUCAUAGUACUACUUGUCUCGUGACUUGUUGUUGCAACCUCAGCCAUUUGCAAGCCUGGUGUGGAGGAACCCUCCCUUAGGAUCUUAUCCCAGUGGUAAAUGUACGGCGUACACGAUCCAUGUCUCCUUCAUGCCUGCACAGGGUUUUCAGAUUCUUAACUUGAAUUGAAUCAGUGAUGAACUGUGGCUCUUCUCUUCCAUCGUCCCUCCUCCCCUGUGGUCUCCGCCUAGAUGAGCUGUAUUGCCACCGUGGGUUUUGUCCUUUGAGACAAUAAUAUCAGUCUGGAGGCGUGGCCUUGACUCGAUUAACACUAUACAAGGAAUCUUCUCCCCUCCCAUGAUUAUACGGACUGUCUUCUGAAUUCACUCCUCGUGGUUUGCCUUCUUUGUUUGCGAGAGGCAAUACCUCUCAUACCUUUAACUUUAUUACAUUUCCUUGGACAAGAUGUCUUCGACAACAACUACUUCAUCUCCCAGUGCAACCAACACUGAUCAUAAUGGGGCUAGUAACAAUACCAGCCCCACAAGCUCACCAUUGCUAUUUUUUGUUGCACUUGGUUUCGGUGUUGUUUUUACAAAUCUAUGGAUUAUCGUUGGAGUCAAGUAUUGUUUCCGAUAUAACCAGCGGAACCGACAAAUUCGCGGUGAAGAAUCAGGGGAACCCAUAGAUUUACUAGCCAUGCCUCGGACACAUCGGCGACGGCGCGAAAAGAAGUUGAUGAGUAUGGACGAGGUUAACGAGCGUUUCCCACUCGUCAAAUACAAAGCUUGGCGUUCUUCCCGCGCUGACGAAGGCCUCUCUACUGCCGGUGGUAUUGCAGCCUCCGUUGUCGGUGAUCAUAACCUAGAUGAUGGCCAUGGCCGCUUUACCACAUCUUUUGACGCGCUUGCCGCGCCGACACCACAGCUGAAAGAUAAUCUACAACUUGAAUCUGCUGUGUCUCGGACCAAAGAACAACUCCCACGUAACGAAGUGCCCCCAGAUAAAGCGGAAAAGGGGAGCUCUGGAUUUGUCGGAAUUCAAACCCAUGUCAAGCCUACGGACGAAGACGAUGACGACAUCGGAAAUCAAAUACGUACGGCUGUUCCCGCCGAACUUCUGGCGAAUCCUGGUGACAUCUGCGCCAUAUGUCUUGAUUCUAUUGAGGACGAUGAUGACAUACGUGGACUCACCUGUGGCCACGCCUUUCAUGCGUCAUGUGUCGACCCUUGGCUAACAGGUAGAAGAGCUUGUUGUCCACUUUGCAAGGCGGAUUACUAUGUUCCAAAGCCACGUGCGGAAACCCGUGAAUCUGCCAUCGAUCAAGAACGCACCGGCCGUCGUCUCAUCGUGCCAGCUUAUCCUCAAACAGUAUUCUUAGGUGGAGGCCAAAUCAGUAGCGCUGGGCCUCCUACAGUGUCACCGCGCGCACAGCAAGUGCUACCGACAUUCAGGACCGCCUUCUCCCGACUCGGACAAUGGCGAAGACCUGGCGUUGACGACGGCCACGAUAUAGAUAACACAGCUGAAAUAGCGCUACGGCCUGGUCGAGGCAGCAGCAUACUUGGCCUAUUCUCUUCCGGUCCUUUUCGCCCACGGACUCCUAGGCAGAGCCGCGGUGGGAAUGGCCCUGAGCGCCAUACCGUGGUUACUGGGUCACCGGGUUCUAAUCGCACCCUCGGUCAGCUUGAGGCUGGACCCGCUGUUUGAGCCGUGGCUGCCUUUCAUUUAUUCAUGGCUUGAAUAAGUCAGUCUGAAAUUUGUCGGUUUCGCAUGUCCAAAAUUUCGGCUCCAGUAUCUCAUAAAUUCUAUAGCCAGUUCAGCACGGAUACUUAUAUAAUCUCUCACUCCAUGGCACCUGAACGAACAAAGCUGUCGCUUACUCAGGCUGAGGAACAGUGCACACACCCUAAGAUUCUGUGGAUCUAUCUCAUUGAUGAGUAGUGCAUCGUGUAUUUGAAAGCAUGACAAUCACUGAGGGAAGCCCAGAUGUAUGUCUCGGGGUUGGUGCUAUGUGGGACAAACUCAGACGAAGGUGUUCCCAUUAUUAUCAAUCACCGAGGGGUGGAAGGGUGCUCCGUGGCACUAUCCUAAGUUCAUCCUAUUAUAUGGCAAAAGUGGUAUGGUAGUGCUUUGUCAUUUUACUAAUCAUUUCAUAUUAAUACUAGUAUUGUACUAUAAUAUAGAAUAUGGUGCUUAAGU